GCAUUCACUCGUAAAAUGGGGAAUACAAAGAGUAGUGCACUGUCUAAGGAACUUUUAGAAGAGCUAAAAUCAAACACAAAAUAUUCCGAAGCGGAGCUGUGCACUUGGUACCAGUCGUUUUUGAAAGAAUGUCCCAACGGGAAGAUUAGCAAAGAGCAAUUUGAGGGGAUAUACGCCAGUUUCUUCCCCAACGCGGAUCCGACGGCGUACGCGCGACACGUUUUCCGCAGUUUUGACACGAACGCGGACGGAACGCUCGAUUUUAAGGAGUACAUCGUGGCCCUGCACCUCACGUCCGGAGGAAAGACUCUGCAGAAGCUGGAGUGGGCGUUCGCUCUGUACGACGUGGACGGAAACGGGACCAUAAGCAAAAACGAGAUACAAGAGAUCGUAAGGUCGAUAUUCAACAUGAUCCCAGAGGAGGACCAGAAGAACCUGCCCGAGGACGAGAACACUCCGGAGAAGAGAGCGGAGAAGAUCUGGAACUAUUUUGGGAAAAAGGACAACGAUAAAAUCUCAGAGGGAGAGUUCAUUCAGGGCGUGAUGGACAACAAGGAAAUCCUGCGUCUGAUCCAAUACGACGAGCCGCAGAAAAUCAAGGACAAACUGAAGGAGAAGAAGAACUGACUCAGACUCUCCACUGGGGGCGCUCUCUCGGGCUCCGGAAAUGUGUUUAUUUUUUACGCAGAGGCUCAUCU